ACGUAUUUCAUUCUGCAGCCUCACACGGACACAUAAGCGCAGUGCGUUUGGGACUAUGGCUUCCACCACGUCGGGAGAUGUUCUGCCCACCGGCGGCAGGAUUUUCACCAGCAUCCCCGACUUGUUUUUCAUCCCAGAGUUUGUGUUUGGCACUCUGGUGUGGAUCCUGGUGGCGUCCACCUGCGUGUACCCGGACCAUCCCCUAGGCUGGGUCAUGUUCGUGUCCGUCUUCUGCUGCGUCUUCACCACGCUCUUGUUCUUCCUCUACCUGUGCGGAGCCAAUCAGAGCGGCAUUUGCCCCGCCCUGGAUAUGUGCUACCAUUUCUUGGCGGCGGUGUUCUACCUGAGCGCGUCGGUGAUCCUGGCCUACAUCACCGUGCUCAAGGGCUGGGGCGUCACCGUCAACUCCGGGGGCACCCUGUCCAUUGUGCCCCUCAUCGGCGAAGGCCUCAAGAUCUACAGGCUGGACGUAGCCGCCGUGGUGAUGUCACACGUGUCCACGCUCCUCUACUUCCUGCACGCCAUCUUCUCCGCCAUCCGAUGGAAAAGAGCCUAAAAUGGACCCCGAAAAAUAUGUCAGUCGCCUCAACCUGAACACAGAACCACUUAUUCAUAUUUUUUAUAAUAAUAAUACUUAUUAUUAUGAUAUAUAUAUUUUUUUAUGUAGCUGUUACAGACAAGUUACAAAAGUCACAUGACUGAAUGAGCAGCAAACAAACAGAAUGUCACAUGUAUGAGUUUGACUUAUCAAAUCCCAACAUUAUACUAAGUGUAAAAAAAAAAGCAUAAUUUCUUUAUACAGUUCUGACCACCAAAAUCUUGUAGGAUUUUGCACAAAAAGUUCACAAUUGGUAGGAAAAAGAAAAAAAGCCAUUAUUAUUAUUUUUUUAUUCCCAAAGAAGGUUUAUGAAAAUAAAUCCAAUCAUUAUUUAAAAUGUUUUGACAAUUUUAAUGAUUUUUUGAAAAUGAAGAAACAUUAAAAAACAAAUUAAAAAAAACAAAGAAACCCCACAAAAAAAAAUUUUUUUUUUAUGAUUUAAAAGAAUGUUGGAAAUAAAAUGGGGGAAAGAAAACCCCUCAUUUUGGACACAAUUUAGCUCAGUUCAAAUAUAAUUGAAAUAUGAUUUUACUUUUUGUUACACAUAUAUUAACAUAAAAUAUAACAAAAAAAAAAAACAAUGACAUUCUUAAACCUUUGCUUAAAUUUUGCAUUUUUAGCACUCCACAUCCGCCGUGUACCAACUGAAAAUACAGAAUUCAUUCGUCAAAGAUUUCUUUUUAAAUACAAAAAUAAGAAUAUAAUAAAUAAAUAAAUGUCUUUUAAAAUGUAACAAAAAAGCAACACUUCAAAUUUUAGCUAAAAAAAUUAAAAAUAAAUGUAUCCAAAUACCUUAAUGCCAUUGCCGCUUUGGAAUGUGGGCUAAAGUUAGCAUUUUUAGCACAGCACGUCCAUUUAUGAAAUGAAAUAUAAAAUGUUCAAAUAUGAUUUAAUAUGACUUCACUUUCUUUUAAUGAUUUUCAAAUGUUAUGAAAAAAAUAAUUUCCAAACCCAAAUGCCCUAACCAGUUUCUGAUCAAAUAUUUCACAAUUUUAAUGCAGCGCGUCCACCAUUUUCAUCUAUAAGAUACAAUUUGUUUUUGUAUGAUUUUCUCCUAAAUUCUCAUGAGAACACACUAAAUACACCUGGGAUCAUCAUAACUUUGUAAAACAGAUCAAGUGUCAUAAAGUUUUUUUUGUUAACAAAAAGCGAGUGAGAUAGAUGAAACCAAAUGUCUCCAAUAUUGCUUCUCGUGACUUUUGGUGAACCUUGGCGAUGCGUGUGCACAAAUACUCCGGAUUCCAUCAUUUCGUGUUUACAACCAAGAUGUAAAACAUCCUCAAGCUUUUAACCCUGCUUUUUCUUUUUCUUUACUUUACUUUUUUUUUUUUUUUUUAAAAGGAUCGGACUUUAUAUGUCGUGUAUGGAUGAAUGUCCCCACCUGAUUGAUUGUUAUUUCUCACUGUUUGUAUGGUUUCACUUUACGGCUACAUUUACAAAUCCACAAUGUGAAAUAAAAUAAU